UGUUGAGUGUGGAUAGUGUUUUUAUUCAGACAUUAUUUGAAAGGCCAGUUGUGUUGCGACGACUCGAUCAACCAGAUCAUUAAUCGCUGAUCCUUAAUCGUUGAUCGUUGAUCGCUGAUAUUAUCAGACACUUGAUUUAUUUAAACAAAAAAUAAUACUGGCUUUUUUUUUAAAUAUAAAAUCAUGGAUUUACAGGCCUUAAUAUGUACUAUUUUAUUUUCAUUUAUUUUUUUAUUAAUUAUGAUAAAUUUUUAUAUACAUGGAACUAGACGAGGACGACUUUGUGAUAAAAUUCCUGGACCUAAAUGGUAUCCAAUUAUUGGUAAUGCUUUGGAUGUUAUGGUUCCACUUGAGGAUCUUUGGCAUUUUUUCCGACGUUCAUCAAGGAAUUAUUAUCCUGUUUUUAAACUGUGGCUUGGUUUUUGGCCGAUAAUUAAUAUUCGACAUGCUGAUGAUGUUGAAAUACUACUCAGUAGCAAUAAAAACAUCAAGAAAAGUUUAUUUUACGAUUAUUUACAUCCAUGGCUGCAUGAUGGCCUGCUUACAAGUACAGGAAAUAAAUGGCGAAGCAGAAGAAAAAUAUUGACACCAGCAUUUCAUUUGCAUAAUCUUCAUGAGUACAUGGGUUCGAUUACCGAUCAUACUGAUCGUAUGAUUAACAAAAUAAAAUCAGAAGUUAAAUCCGAUGAUGGAGUUAUCAAGGAACUUUUGCCGUUGCUUACAACAUUCACACUCAGUACAAUUUGCGAAUCAGCAAUGGGAGCAACAGCCAAAGAAAAUGACCCUGCUCAAAAAUCCUACAAGCAGUCGGUUUACGAAAUCGGUGAAAUUUUUUACUACAGAGCUGUAAGACCGUGGUUAAAAAGUGAUUGGAUCUUUAAUUUAACAUCCAAAGGUCGCGAACAAGCUAAAUCUUUAAAAAUACUUCAUGGGUUUUCUGAUAAAAUAAUAAAGGAACGGGAAAAAUAUCAUGAAGAAACCAAUGGUAAAUAUUUGAAUGACUUUGUCUCAGGUGGAGUGAAUUCCAGUUUACAAACUGAUGAAAAAGUGAAACGCAAAAGACUCGCUUUCCUUGAUCUUUUGAUCGCUGCCUCAAAACGAGGACUGGGUGUUGACGAUCGCGGUAUCAGGGAAGAAGUUGAUACCUUUGUUUUUGAAGGUCAUGAUACCACGGCCAUGGGAAUGUUUUUUGCCAUUUUACUUUUAGCGGAACAUAAAGAUAUACAAGCUCGAGCGAGAGCAGAAAUAGACGCAGUAUUAAAAGAAAGUAAUGGGAAAAUUUCAGUUGAUGAAGUUCAAAAAUUUACGUAUCUAGAAUGUUGUAUAAAAGAAUCAUUACGACUUUAUCCUAGUGUGCCUAUCAUAGCUAGAGAGAUUCAAGAAGAUGUACAAUUAAAACAUUGUUUCGUACCAAAAGGAGCUUUAGUAAAUAUUCAUAUAGUAGACACACAUCGGGAUCCAAAUUUUUGGCCGCGUCCAAAUAUUUUUGAUCCCGAUAGAUUUUCGUCAGAACGUACAGAAAAACGACAUCCAUUUUCUUACAUACCGUUCAGUGGUGGCCCACGUAACUGCAUAGGUCAAAAGUUUGCGAUGCUUGAACUAAAAACUCUGAUCGCUGGAUUGUUGCAUAAUUUUUAUUUAGAACCACAAGAAACAACAGCGGACAUAAGCAUUCUUCCUGAUCUUGUUAUCAGAGCAGCCCACCCAGUCUUCGUUAAAUUUGUACCAAUAAAAUACAACUUACUAAGCGCACAAAUGGCUUCAUUAAUUUUAAUAUCUGUAUUAUUGUUUAUUAUUUAUUAUAUUUAUAUAAGUGCCUUAAAACGGUCACCUAGAAUAGUAUUUUAUUUGGAUAAAAUUCCCGGCCCUAAAACCAUACCAAUUAUUGGUAAUGCUUUGGAUUUUUUAGUCACCCCAGAUCAAUUGUGGGAUACUGUGAGAUCAAUGAACGAUAAUUUUUAUCCAAUUUAUAGAGUAUGGAGUUUAAAAAAUGGCGUCAUUAAUAUUCGUCACCCUGAUGAUAUUGAAGUAUUGCUAUCAAGUUCGAAAAAUAUUUCUAAAAGUAUGAUCUAUUUCUUUUUAUAUCCUUGGUUUGGUACUGGUCUUCUUACAAGUACAGGAAGCAAAUGGCAGAAAAGAAGAAAAAUAUUAACUCCAGCAUUUCAUUUUAAUGUAUUACGAGAAUUUUCUGGUAUUUUCGAUCAAGAAGCUCGUCGUAUGGUAAAAGAUUUACAAUUUCACGGACAAAUUGCACUAGAUCUCGUUCCUUUUAUAACAAAAUACACUUUAAAUGCCAUUUGUGAAACUGCCAUGGGAACUUCGCUGGAAGGUAAAAAAAGUUCGAUGGACAAUUUCCAAAAAAUUUAUCGCAAAGCUAUUCAUGAUUUGGGAAACUUAAUGUUACACAGAUUAUUGAGGCCCUGGUUACAUCCAGAUUUUUCAUUUCACCUUUCACCUUCAUCGAGACUUCAAACUAAAUGUUUGGAUAUUGUUCGAGGUUUUUCUAAAAAGAUUAUUGGCGAACGUAAAAAAUACCACGAAGACACUAAAGGAAUUCAUUUGAAAGAAUUAAAUGAAAAAAAUGUCGCAGAAGUAGAUAAAGAUUACGCGCGAAAAAAAAGAUUGGCGAUGCUUGAUUUAUUAAUUGCGGCGAUGCGGAACGGGCAUAUCGACGAAGACGGUAUCUGGGAAGAAGUUGACACUUUUAUGUUUGAAGGUCACGAUACCACAGCAAUGGGUAUUUGUUUCACUCUUUUACUCCUUGCUGAACAUAAUGAAAUCCAGGAACGAGUAAGGCAGGAAUUUGAUGAUGUUAUUAACAGUAAUGAUGGACAAAUAAGUAUCACAGAAUUACAGAAGUUAUCUUAUCUUGAACGUUGUAUCAAAGAAGCUUUGCGUUUGUACCCAAGUGUUCCUUUUAUCUCACGUAAUAUCACCGAUGACAUGCAACUGAGAGAAUAUUUUAUACCAAAAGAUAUAAUGGCUCAUAUACACAUCUACGAUUUACACCGGGAUCCAAAUUUUUGGCCCGAUCCGUUGCGUUACGAUCCAGACCGAUUUUUACCCGAAAAUAUCCAAGGACGACAUCCGUUUUCGUAUGUACCGUUCAGUGCAGGACCGCGUAAUUGCAUUGGACAAAAAUUUGCAAUGCUAGAAUUGAAAGCAAUAAUAGGUCAUUUGAUACACAAUUUUUAUCUGGAACCCAUCGAUCUGGCAGGUGAAAUUCGCAUGCUACCAGAUCUGGUAUUGAGACCGAAAAAUUCAGCCCGCAUAAAAUUAACUCCCCGUCAAUAAAUUAUCAAUAAAUAAAAUAAAAUAAA